AUGAAAGACGAAGAGACGUCCUCGACGACUCACCAGGAGAAGAUCGAGCGCGUGAGCGAAAGUCCUCCGCGUGCCGAGCAUAUCAACGACGCGAAGGAGCGCGACAGUAUCUACGACAUCGAAGGCCGAUCGAGCACCCAGGUCACUGCCGUCUUCGAGAACCCUCUUGCCGGGAUUCCACGGGAGCAGCUUUUCGAGGAUGUCGACAAAUUCUGUAGCCAGUAUGGACUUGAGGAGCACCGAGAAACCUUUCGGAAGGGGGCUCUGAUCUCGCAGAACCCUCAUGCCGCUCAGAGCCUGCCUGAACUUAGCGACGAGGAGAAGAAGAUUCUCGAGCGCGAAGUGACCCACAAAUGGUCCCAGCCGUGGCAGCUUUACUUUAUGGCCUCCAUGUGUUCGCUCGCUGCUGCCGUGCAGGGCAUGGACGAGACGGUCAACAACGGAGCUCAGGCGAUCUAUCUCACGGAACUGGGCAUCAAAAGCGAUCGUUUCUCGGAGCAAAUGCAGAACUACCUGACAGGAUUGGUAGUGGGCGCACCGUACCUUGCGUGCGCCAUCCUAGGAUGCUGGCUGACCGAGCCCAUGAACCGCUAUCUCGCGCGUCGCGGAACGAUCUUUGUAUCGUGCUUCAUUGCGGCGGUGGCGUCCAUCUGGGAAGGCGUGGCGAAUUCCUGGGUCAACCUGUUCAUUGCGCGCUUCGUUCUCGGCCUCGGAAUCGGCUCCAAGUCCUCGACCGUGCCAGUCUACGCUGCAGAGUGUUCGCCAGCACCCAUUCGAGGCGCCCUGGUCAUGAUGUGGCAGAUGUGGACGGCAUUCGGCAUCAUGCUGGGAAACAUCAUGGGCGUGGCUUUCAUGGGUCUGCCGGAUAAUCUCUCCUGGCGACUGAUGCUCGGAUCGACCGUCGUGCUGCCGAUCUUCGUCUGCGCCCAGGUGUACUUCUGUCCCGAGUCCCCUCGAUGGCUGAUCGAGCACAACAAGAUCGACAAAGCGUUCCAGGCAUUCCGGACGCUCCGGCCCACCGAUCUCCAGGCCGCCCGAGACCUGUACUAUGCCUACGUGGGCGUCGAGCUGGAGCGCAAGGUCAACAAGGGCAAGAACUUCUUCACCAUGUUCAUGGAGCUCUUCACGGUGGCUCGAAACAGACGAGCCACUCUCGCCAGCUGGAUCGUCAUGUUCCUGCAGCAGUUCUGCGGCGUCAACGUCAUCGCCUACUACUCGACCACCAUCUUCACCGACUCGGGCUACACCAUCCAACAAGCCCUGCUGGCAUCCAUGGGCACCGGAAUCCUCAACUGGGUCUUCGCCCUCCCCGCCUUCUUCACAAUCGACACCUGGGGCCGGCGCAACCUCCUCCUCUUCACGUUUCCCUUCCUCGCCAUCUGCCUCUUCUGGGCGGGCUUCUCCUUCUGGAUCGAAGAAGACAUCGCCUACAGCAAGAAGCGCGUCGCGAUGGUAACGACAGGAAUGUAUCUGUUCGAGGUGUUCUACUCGCCCGGCGAAGGGCCCGUACCGUUCACCUACUCGGCGGAGGCAUUUCCCCUGCACGUCCGUGAGGUCGGCAUGUCGUGGGCAACGGCGACGACGUGGUGCUUUAACUUCAUCCUGUCGUUUUCGUGGGAGCCCCUGAAGACGGCGUUUAAGCCGCAGGGGGCGUUUGCGUGGUACGCGGCGUGGUGUCUGAUCGGGUGGGUGUUGGUGUUGUUGUUUGUGCCGGAGACCAAGUCACUUACGCUGGAAGAACUCGAUCAGGUGUUCUCUGUCCCCACGCGCAAGCAUGCCAUGUACCAAUUGAAGAACGCGGUCUGGCAUUUCCGAGUCUGGGUUCUGCGCCAGAAGCUGGAGCCGAUGCCGAAGUUGUAUAAGACGGCGGGACAUAUGACGAGGGAAGUGGAGGAGUAG